UCUCUGUGAGGCUGGUCAACAUGUAAUCCUCUAAUGCAUGUUUUUUUUCUUUUCAGGGAAUGUGGGAAGCUCGUAUCUGUUUGGCACUUUCCAAGUCCACCUUUAUUGACAUGGAAAUUUAAAGCGAAAAUCCUGCCUGAUCUUUAUCUGGGAAAUCUCAAAGAUGCUCAAGACAAGGAGCUGUUGGCGCAACACAACAUCACCCACAUCCUGUCCAUCCAUGACACAGCUGCACCCAUCUUGGAGGACAAGACAUACCUUUGUAUAUCUGCUUCUGACCACUCAAAGCAAAACCUGAUGCAGUACUUUAGGGACAGCAUCAUGUUCAUACAUGAGUCUAGGAUGAAAGGGGAAGGCUGCCUCGUCCACUGUGUGGCAGGAGUGUCCCGCAGCGUUACCUUGGUGGUGGUCUACAUCAUGACGGUGACGGGCCGAGGCUGGGUGGAGUCGUUGGCGGCGGUGAGGGCAGCCAGACCGUGUGCGGGGCCCAACCUGGGCUUCCUGCGGCAGCUGGAGGAGUUUGAAAACACAGAGCUGACAGAAUAUCGGGCCUGGUGGCAGGACCGGUACGGGGAUAGCUCAUUCAGUGACGAUGAGGAAGUCGGAGCUCUUUUGACUCGCAAAUCCAACGCCAACGCCAACGGCAGCGCCUUGGCAACCAGCAUCACACCGUCUCGGGCUACAAGCGGCACCUGAACAAAGUCGCGCUAACUUCUUCUUCUUCUUCUUCUUCUUACAUCAGCACAAGAUGAGCUGUGGGAGGGGCUGCUGCUGCUGCUCGGACUAUUACAGUACACCCACUAAGAUCAGCAGCUGCAUGAUAAAAGAGGAUUUCUGCCUUUCAUUAUCAAUCCUGACAAAAAAAAGUUAUCGAUCUCCCCCCCCUCCCCACCACGGUUCAGAAUCCCCCCCUGGCUCUGAACAGCUUAAGCAUGGGGGACUUUUUAAAAAAUGUCAGUCUAUCAGUCCCCUUCAAAAAUGACAUGUCCUUGCCCUUAACUGUCAAAACAACAUGCAAGGGCAGUCAAGCAUGACCACAAGGAAAUAUGUACACAUAGUACACAGUGUGAACACGCAUUUAGCAGUGUGCACUCCCCCUGUCAGUUAUGUUAUGCUGUGUCUACUUGAAAUAUGAGUAUUACUUUCUGUGAAAAAGUACAGUAUCUUCCAGUAAAGCACUAUAUGAAGCAGUUUGUAUUUGUUUAUUUGCAUUAUAUAUUAUUGAAAAGUAAAAAAAAAAAAAAAAAAGAAAAAGAAAAGAAAAAAAGUUUGAUUUUUUUUUGUGUUGUUAAAGAGUGCAUAGUCCAAAUAAGAUUACAUGAUUAUAUGCCAAGUGCUUAUCAUUCCUUUUUAAGGAACCAGCUCGUAGAUUAGAUGACUCACGCCUUUGUUUCUGAAUCAGCAAAGUUGCAUUUUUGCUUAAUAAAAUGUUAAUUGACAGAAGAUGUGUAAGUGAAGAUUACUGUUUCUGUUUAGAGAACUGGAUCACAACGUGGGGGUCGGGAAGGGGUCACAAAUUAAAUCUGAAAAGGUCCUGACAUUAUUAACAAGAUAUAGAAAAGUAGAUAAAACAUCUCUGAUAUACAUGAAAUUAUGAUAUUUUUAUUUUUUAGAU